AUGGUGGUCACCAAAGACAAGCCCGAAUAUGCGCCAUUGGAUCCCAACUUCAGGCCAGGGCCUAAAAAUGGGCAUCUUAGUGAGAUCGCCGCCGAUUUCCUCAAGAUGAAACCAGACAUCGAUGCGUUCGUUGACCAAAUCUGGGAUCCGGCCCAUUCCCUCGAAACCUUUCGCAGCUUCUGGACUAGUAAUUCAUCGCCGCCUCCUGACUGGCCCAAAGAAGGCGAGGAUGUUGUCACUGAAACCAAACAAAUACCUGUGAGAGAUGGGACUCAGAUUGAAGUCAAGAUUUAUCGUGCCAAGCAGAAGAAGCCAGGUUCAGCGCUGGUGAUGCGGUUCCACGGCGGAGGAUGGGUGGUUGGAGGGCACUGCACAGAACACCCCGAGAACUUGGUUCUUGCGGCAAGGACAAACUCGGUUGUAGUGAGCGUCGCCUACCGAAUGGCGCCAGAGUUCAGAUUCCCCUAUGCUACUAAUGACUGCCUUGAUGCAUUGAAAUGGUCAACGUCUAAUGCCGACUUAUUGGGAGUGAACCCAGAGAAGAUACUGGUUAAUGGUGGAAGCGCUGGAGCAAACAUUGCUAGUGUUGUCGCUAUCAUGGCACGGGAUGAGGGUGUCACUGGCAUCGUUGGUCAAAUUCUGACAUUUCCUGUUACCUGCCACCCAAAAUUCUUUCCUAAAGGCAAGUAUGAGCUUCUAAGCUACCAACAGAAUGCAACUGCUAGCUUGGUUAAUCCACUUCGCAUGGAAUGGUUCUUGGAUCAGUAUAUGCCAGAUCCAACUGAUGACUGGAGACUUUCGCCUCUUCUGGCUCCAUCUCUCAGAGGCUUGCCCCCGGCUCUGAUUAUAGUGGGCGGCUAUGAUAUCUUCAGGGAUGAGGGUCUUGCAUAUGCAGAGAGACUCAGAAAUGAGGGUGUUGACGCAGAGGUUCACGUCUACCCUGGGCUACCGCACUGCUUUUUCAUGUUUCCUGCUCAUCCCAAAGCCGUAGACUAUUAUGAGAAGAUUGUCAAGUUUGUCAAGAAGAUUUCCGAUUCUUGA